GCUCCCUUGAACGCCUCGGAACUUUUUCAGUACUUUGCGGGACUCCGGGCUCCUCAGAGAUCCGGGUCUGGAUUCUGGACUCCGCUGGUCUUCGGUGUGUCUCCGGACCAGUGCGUGGAUUUGUCACGGUCCGUGUGAGUGAUCCGUGAGUCAGGAGCGUGAAGAAACUUCAGGCUGAUGACGUCACGUGGUGAUUUCCUGUGCAGGGUUUUUUUGGGAGAACUUUGAGUGCAGCCUCAGACAGAGAGAUGAGCAUCAGCUGUUCAGCUCUCAGCGGAACUUCUUAAACUUGACUUUCUAACUUCAGGCCGGUUCUUUCCCGCUGUUUUCGGUGGACAUGGAGAAGUCGUCCCGGCCCCCCCCCUCAGAGGAGCUCCGUCUCCCCGGGAGGACUCGGUGGAGCUCGGCGGCGGUGGCGGUGCUGCUGCUCGGUGUGUUGGCUUCGUCCUGCUGGGCUGAAGAGGCUUCCUGUCACGGAGCCUACGACCUCUACUUCGUUUUAGACAAGUCGGGGAGCGUCGCCACCGACUGGUACGAGAUUUACUCGUUCGUCAAGAACCUCACCGACAGAUUUGUGAGCCCCAGGAUGAGGGUGUCAUUCAUCGUUUUCUCCGCUAAAGCCACCGUCCUGCUGCCGCUGACUGGAGACAGGUACGAGAUCGAGGAAGGUCUGAGGAGGCUGCGUGACGUGAAACCAGCUGGAGAAACGUACAUGCACGAAGGGAUAAAGGAAGCCUCCGUUCAGAUUCAGGCUCAGGGGAUGAAAUCAUCAAGUAUCAUCCUGGCUCUGACGGACGGCAAGCUGGAGGUUUACGUUCAUGAGCUCACUGUGCAGGAGGCAGAAGAGGCGAGGAAAUACGGCGCCCGUGUUUACUGUGUGGGAAUCAAAGACUUUGACGAGCAGCAGCUCGCAGACAUCGCCGACACCAAGGACCAAGUGUUUCCUGUCAAAGAUGGCUUCCACGCUCUCAAAGGCAUCGUCAAUUCUAUAUUGAAGCGAUCGUGCACAGAGAUCCUGAGCGUGGAGCCGUCCAGCGUCUGUGUGAACGAAACCUUUGACAUCGUCCUCAGAGGAAAUGGAUUCAUGCUUGGACGCACUAAUGAAGGCGUGGUCUGCAGCUUCAUUGUUGACCAGCAAACCUUCACUCAGAGGCCGACAGUUGUCCGUAACGAUUACAUGAUGUGUCCUGCUCCAAAACUCUCUGAAGUGGGACAGAAAAUGGAUGUUCUGAUCAGUCUAAAUAACGGGAAAUCCUUCAUCUCCAGCGCCUACACCAUCCACGCCUCCACCUGUUCGGAUGGUUUGGCAGUGGCCAUCGUCUUCCUGGUUCUGCUGAUCCUCGUGGCUCUGGCCCUCAUGUGGUGGUUCUGGCCUCUCUGCUGCAAAGUGGUCAUCAAAGACCCGCCGCCGCCCCCGCCACCUUCACGCCCUCCACCACCUGAGCCGGAGCCGCUGCCCAAGAAGAAGUGGCCGACCGUGGACGCCUCGUACUACGGAGGAAGAGGAGCGGGAGGGAUCAAACGGAUGGAGGUGCGCUGGGGUGAGAAGGGCUCUACGGAGGAGGGCGCUCGGCUGGAGAAAGCCAAGAACGCCGUGGUGCACAUACCGGAGGAGUCAGAGGAGCCGAUGAUGCCACGUCCUAAACCGAAGCCCGCCCCCACCUACCACCGCAACCAGAACAAGUGGUACACGCCCAUCAAGGGUCGCCUGGAUGCUUUCUGGGCUCUGCUGCAUCGACAGUACGACCGAGUUUCCCUCAUGAGACCGACGUCUGAAGACAAGAGAGGCUUCCAGUCCGGUUUCAGUAAAGACGUGUGGUCCAGGUCUGAGAAGCUGACAGGAUUCCACGGCUACAUCAGAGCUGAUCGCCGCACCGUUGGCGGCCAUUGCUGUCGGCUUCCAGUACAGCAAAACUCCACCGUUCGCAACCCUCAGAUGGUUCCAGUCAUGUUUUCUUAA